UUCAGACAGACCAAAAGGAGCAGAACCACACGCAUUCCUGCUCCCAAUCUCAGUCAUUCCGAGACAGAAGGAAAGGGGGAAGGGGAAGGAGGUAAAAAGAGUGUGGGAGAGGGGAGGAGAAGAGGGGGGAGAUCGCUGAACGGACACAGCCCCCAUCCCAAGCUGUUUCAGUUCGCGGCCACUCACGUGGGAGUCAGUAUGUUGUGGAGUUGGAGACGGAAUGUGGACGGCGCUGCAGGAAACAUGAGAUUUUAGAAAGGACGCGUGUCAUUGGGUCACAGGAUCGCCCCCUGGGAAGAUUUUGGACGUCACCCGUAACGCCACGAAAGGCAUGGUAGUAGGAGCUGAUCUGUAUGCAGAGUGAAAUCUAUCAUGACUGGGAUUGGGAUGCCAUUGGCACACCGCAGAUACUGAGCCAUGGGUAACACAGAAAGUCAUAGCGGCGGCCAUGGUUACUAUGGAGACGGCCAGCGCCACCUCUCCCGUAAGCACAUGUCCCGCUCGCUCCGCCUGUCCAGCAAGCAGACGUACUGUUCCCGCCGAACGCCGUCCGGAAAACCAGAGCACCGCAACUCCGAGACCAGCACGCGCUCCAGCAGCACUCCCAGCAUCCCACAGUCGCUGGCUGACCACGGCCUGGAGCCCUUCAACGACUCGGACAUGCUGCCCAACUUCAGCGGCCCCAUUUGGGUGGACCGUGUGGCCAUGAAUCUCCGACCCAUGUCCUUCCACAACCAUCCGGCCCAUUCGCCCGCCGCCACCGCCAAACAAGCCACACAGGACGACACUGAGCCGCCGGAGGACACGACACUCGUCCAACGCACACGGGACAGUUCCCAAGAGGCGUCCAGCUUUAAAAAGAAGCGCUCUAAGUCUGCGGACAUGUGGAGGGAGGAUUCGCUGGAGGUGUCCUUAUCCGACCUGAGCCAGGAGCACCUGACCAGCACGGAGGAGAUCGGAGACACGCCGGACGACUGCGAAACCUGUUUACAGUCGUCCGCUCAGGAGCUGCUGGACUCAAACCGAGCCAAUUCUUUAGACGAACUCUACGGACCGAAGAGCCCCGCCUGCAGGCCCACACACGGACGCUAUGCCAAAUGGCACAAGGGCGGCGGCACAAGCAGAGAAGGUGACGAGGAUAAGAUGAUCUCGCCCUGUGAGGACGACGGAGCCGCAUACAGCGCGUAUACACUGCCCUGCCGCCGAUCUCACUGUCUGUCGGAGGGACCGACCAAUCAUCAAGGAGUUAUGCAAGGGAGGCGGGCACAAACCAUACAGGAUGUCACAGCAGGAGACGGCAGUGAUUAUGAGGACAGCGGUAUCGAUGGGCUGACUGGGGACAGCGAGGCGUCUCAGCACCACGCUCGACGCUAUAAGACCAUGUCUGUGUCUUUCUCCGCUUACUCCACGUCAGCAGGGGCCGCCUUCGCAGGGAGCGACAGUGGGUCAAUGAUCAAGUUGUUAUUUCAUGUUCAGGAUGUCACAGCAGGAGACGGCAGUGAUUAUGAGGACAGCGGUAUCGAUGGGCUGACUGGGGACAGCGAGGCGUCUCAGCACCACGCUCGACGCUAUAAGACCAUGUCUGUGUCUUUCUCCGCUUACUCCACGUCAGCAGGGGCCGCCUUCGCAGGGAGCGACAGUGGGAGCAGCAGCGGGGCUGGAGCGGGACCCUCAGAUGGCACACAGGGUGUCUAUGAGAACUUCCGUCAGGAGCUGGAACAGAACGUGAGUCCGGUGGAGGUUCCCGAGGAGAGAAGCUCAGCGUUCAGCGACGAGCAGAGCAGCGUGACCCUGAGCUCCGCUUACCACACCGACCCUCUGCUGAACGUGGCCGCUGUACAGGGAACCGUACGCAAAGCUGGACGCCUCGCUAUCAAAAACUUCCUGGUGCAUAAAAAAAACAAGAAGGUGGAGCUCGCCCCUCGCCGCAAGUGGAAGAGCUACUGGGUGUCCCUCAAAGGAUGCACUCUGUUUUUCUAUGAGACGGACGGCCGGUCGGGCAUUGAUCACAACAGCGUCCCUAAACAUGCCGUGUGGGCCGAGAACAGCAUCGUCCAGGCCGUCCCAGAACACCCCAAAAAAGAUUUUGUCUUCUGCCUGAGUAACUCGCUCGGAGACUCCUUCCUUUUUCAGACCUGCAGCCAAACUGAGCUUGAGAACUGGAUCACGGCCAUUCACUCGGCCUGCGCUGCGGCCGUCGCUCGACAACACCACCGCGAAGACACGGUGCGUCUGCUGCGGGCCGAGAUCCGAAAGCUGGAGCAGAAGAUCGACAUGGAUGAGAAGAUGAAGAAAAUGGGAGACAUGCAGCUCUCUGCUGUCACCGACGCCAAGAAGAGGAAGACCAUUCUGGAGCAGAUUUUCCUGUGGGAGCAGAAUUUAGAGCAGUUCCACAUGGAUCUCAUUAUUCCUUUUACAUCGUUCCGCUUCCGCUGUUACCUGUCCAGCCUGCAGGGCGGCGAGCUUCCCAACCCCAAACGCCUGCUGGCCUUCGCCUCCCGUCCCACCAAACUGGCCAUGGGCCGACUGGGCAUUUUUUCAGUCUCUUCUUUCCAUGCACUGGUGGCAGCUCGCACUGAGAGCGGCGUGAGGCGUCGGACGCAGGCGAUGUCGCGCUCCACCAGCAAACGCAAGAGUCGCUUCUCCUCACUAUGGGGUCUGGACACCCACUCCAAGAGAAAGAGUAAAGGUCAUCCCAGCAUUAACCAGGUUUUUGCAGAAGGAGAUGAUCCAGUUAAAAAUCCUCUAGAAGGCAUGUUUGAGGGUUCUUCUAGUGAUACGACGAAAGACACCAAGACCCCAGUGAAAGGUCUGCCAAGACCCAGCGCAGAUCAUGACAUCUGGUCCAGAGACCACCUCACUCCAUCAUGGGUGCUGCUGCCAAACGACCAGCCUGUGUUAGCCAUCAUCCAACCCGGAGAGUCGGCCCUCGACAUGCUGGAAACGAUCUGCAAGGCUCACCAACUGGACCCCACUAAACACUACGUGCGGCUUAAGCUCCUCAUUGAGAACCAAGUGCAGUUUUAUAUCCCCAAACCGGAGGAGGAUAUUUAUGAUCUGCUGUAUAAGGAAAUCGAGCUGUGCUGUAAGAUCAGGAAGGUCAUUCAGUUUGAUCGGGAUGAGUCCUGCAUGAUCGGCUACGGUUUUUCCAUUUCAGUGGUGGAGGAGGACAGCGUUCAGCAGCUCUAUAUCACUGACGUGAAAGCUGGAGGAUUAGCGUUCGCUAAAGAGGAGAUUCUUGACGAUGGAGUGGGUCUGAUUGUGGAGACUUUGGGAGACAGUUUAGACGACGACUCGAAGCUCUUCGCUGAGUUUGAUGACUAUGGAAAGGAGAUUCUUGACGAUGGAGUGGGUCUGAUUGUGGAGACUUCGGGAGACAGUUUAGACGACGACUCGAAGCUCUUCGCUGAGUUUGAUGACUAUGGAAAGCUCAGUGUUUGCUCAGCGUGCCAGGAAGAGAGAGAGAAGAUAAAUGAGGUGGUGUCGCAUCAGAACGGGCGGGUGAAUACAGAGUUGGACGAGCAUAGAGGAGGACGGUGGGCCUGCGUGUUCCUCUCCGAGGCUGUUUCUGCUGGUCCUGAGUCAGUCAUGUCUGUGCUCAAACGCAACAGACACAGCAAACGCUCAUCGGACUCCAUAUAUGACCUGCUGCAUCUGAGUACGGAGCAAGUCGCAGCUUUCUGCCGCAGUCUGCACGAGAUGAAUCCCUCAUCCGAGGUUGUCUCUUCCUCGUCCGGCCCGGAGUCUUCCUCGCUCCCUCCGAGCAACGCCACUCCACGCCAGCUCUCCGAUGCCGACAAACUCCGCAAAGUCAUCUGCGAACUUGUGGAGACGGAGCGCACCUACGUCAAAGAUCUGAACUAUUUGAUUGGGCGAUAUUUAACCCCGCUGCAGAAGGAGUCUUUCCUCACUCAGGAUGAGCUGGACGUGCUGUUCGGAAACCUCCCGGAGAUGCUGGAGUUUCAGGUGGAGUUUCUGAAGACUCUGGAAGACGGAACCCGACUGGUGCCGGACCUGGAGAAACUGGAGCGAGUAGAAGAGUUCAAGAAAAUCCUCUUUUCUCUGGGCGGCUCGUUCCUGUAUUACGCCGACCGCUUCAAGAUCUACAGCGCUUUCUGUGCCAGCCACACCAAAGUGCCCAAAGUGCUGGUCAAAGCAAAAACAGACGCGGCCUUCAAGGCGUUUCUGGACGAGCGCAACCCCAAACAGCAGCAUUCGUCCACACUGGAGUCAUACCUGAUCAAACCCAUCCAGAGAGUGCUGAAGUACCCUCUGCUCCUGAGAGAACUGCACUCGCUCACAGACCCCGACAGCGAGGAGCACUACCAUCUGAACAUUGCAAUGAAAGCCAUGAACACAGUUGCCAGUCACAUCAACGAGAUGCAGAAGAUCCACGAGGAGUUUGGAGCCGUCUUUGACCUCCUCAUCUCUGAACAUGCUGGAGACAAGAAAGAGGUUGCUGACUUGUCUAUGGGAGAUUUACUCCUCCACACCAGCGUGACAUGGAUCAACCCGUCCUCCUCACUGGGAAAGUGCAAGAAAGAGCCACAGCUGGCCACAUUCGUCUCUGCCCCGACUCGCACUCUGGGCCGCAGGAAACUGGUGCGGAACCGCUUCACCAUCGACACGGACAUUGUUUUCGACACCGAGCCUGACAGCGACUCGCCAGACUCCCAGCAUGCUCAGCAGCAGGGCAUCGUUCCGGCGGGCGACACCGACCGCUGGGUAGAGGAACAGUUCGACCUUCAGCGCUACGAGGAGCAGGAACAGGACGUGAAGGAAACAGACAUCCUGAGCGACGACGACGAGUUCUGCCAGUCCGCUCUGAGCCCUUCCACCGAUCCGGACGUGGAGGGUCCCCUUUCCGCCCUCUCACUGGAGGGAGACACGGCUGAGGAGGAAGAAGAGGAGGAAGAGGAUGGCAAGAAGGACUACAAAUCCCAGCAUGCCAAGCUGUCUCAUUUAGGGAAGCAGUGUGCCAUGUCGGUGGCCAGUGUGGAUGAGCAGGUGCCCGGUGAGGACAUCUGGGUGCGACGGGACAGCAGCACAGAGAACGAGACACAGGACGAAACCCAGAGCUAAAACGCAUCAGAAGACAGAGUCAGUUAAAGAAAUAAUUCACUCGAAAAUUUUAAUUUGCUGAAAGAUUACUCACCCACAGGCGUUCCAAGAUGUAGAUGAGUUUGUUU